AUGAAUGAUUUUAUUUUUCAGCUGAAUGAGUUGAUUGUGCGGUUACAAGGAAAGGAAAAACUCGUCCAUAAUUUGUUUCGGCAGGUGAAAGCUUUCCAAAAGAAACUGGAUUUGUGGAUUGCUCAAAUUGCUGAGAGCAAUUAUGCUCACUUUCCUUGCCUUCAGGAACAGCCGCGCAUUUCAAGCAUAAACCGGGAAUUCUUUGUGAGCGAGCUAAAAGGGAUCCAAGAAGAAUUUUCCAGGAAAUUUAAGGAUUCCCGUGCUUGUGAAGACCAGUUGAACACUUUUUCAAUGCCUUUUGUCGUGGAUCCUACUGAUGCCCCAUUUGAGCUACAGAUGGAAUUGAAUGAAUUGUAA